GGUUGUUGAAGGUAUUGAUUUUGAAAGCUUGCUUCAUCACCAUGUCGAAUGCAUUGAUGAUAUCAACGCUGUCAUGUCAAGACUUGGUAGAGCUUUAUACAACGCUGGUAAACCGUAUAACCAAUGUGCUGAAACUCUUAACGCCUUGACGACAAAGAAGCCGGCCAUAAGACGCUUGUUACAAGGGGCAUGGGAUGUCGCCUUUUCCUGGCUCCAUGCAGAGCCUGGCUCGCACCACGUUGCCGUGCCCUGGCAAGUAUUGCUGGGGAGCCCUACUUAGACCUGGCGAGAUCUUUGUUUCAAGCAGAGCCGACCUUCUUUUGCCAAAGGAUGUUGAUUUCACGAUUGCUUUUGGUCUACUGGCCAUAAAGGAGCCUAAAACAAGAAGAACGGGAGCUCGACAUCAAGCGGCUAAACUGGAUGCGCCAGAUUUGUUGGAAGUGGUGAACUUCUGUUUUGGGAAUUUGCCUCCCAGUGCAAAGUUGUGGCCUUGGUCUGGUCAGACCUUUCGUACCAGAUUCAGGGACGUGUUGACUGCACUGAAGCUUCCGACCCAAAAGCUUGGCGACAUGAAGGCGCUAGACCCAGGAAGUCUCAGGUUGGGAGGUGCCACGUGGCACCUCCAAACAACAGAAGAUGGUGAGUACACCAGACGAAAGGGGAGGUGGUUGUCAGCAAAGAUUAUGGAGAUUUAUGUGCAGGAGACUGCAUCUUUGUUGUAUCUGAAGCGUAUACCUCCCUCUUCGAAGGAGCUUGUCAUGAAUUUUGCUCACAUAUUCCCUGUUGUUUUUGCUACAGUGCAGCGUUUCCUGAGGUUGGGCAUUGUGCCAACGGCUUGGUACCCCCUCCUGCUGAAGGAGCUUUGCAUCACCUUCGUGACGCCCUCCGUCACGCGCUGCCGCCACAGAACAGUGCAUCAUGUCAGGCUGAGGGCUGGCUAUGAGUCGAUGACCGUGCAGGACCUGAAGGCGGAGUUAAAAAGCCGUGGCCUUACCGUGACAGGACGCAAGAGCGUGCUGAUCCAGCGCCUGGCUGAAGAUGACACGGCCGACGCAGAGGAAGAGGAGGUUGGCGUUGACAGCGCCACAGAGAUGCCAUACCUCGACGACCAAGGGCUGCUGCCCAAUGGCAGCUACAUGUGCCUGGAUGGUGCGGCACGCACUGGAGACUGGAAGAAGGCCAAGAGGGAAGAUCCAGAUGGUUUGAGCUGGCUCACAGAGUGGGUGGUGGCAGCCCGCACAGGCCAGCUGGAGAACAAGACAACCAGCUAAGUGGUGCGACUCCGCCGGAGUCAAGUGGUUCGAUCGAUGAAGGCAUGGUGAACCACUCAAAGUUCAGUGGUUGAGCGAGGAAUUUCUACCGCAUGGCCUGACGGAGAUUGGCAGAUCGGCAGAUCGCGAGAACUGCGGAUCAGUUGGCGCCAGAGAAGCAAUAAAAUGGUGCAAAUCGCCUGGGGUGCUGCUCGAGCAGGUCCAGAAAAGAGUGAUAUGGGGAUAGGCCAAAACCAGGAGCCCUGGU